AUGGAGUGUCCCAGUGGAGAGGAGCAGCCUAGUAUUCUGGAAAACGGAUCCGGAUUGUUUGAGACUCAUGUCACGCUGGAAGAUGUGAAUGACGUCAUCAGUGAGCAAAUGCACACGCAAUCGAGACUGCAACCGGACACCAAGUUCAAUGUGAUCGGAGAUGGAAAUGUGAGUUGGUGCAACGAUCUGAAUCAAAUUCGUGUGUGUGUGUGCUCAAGUGUGCUAAACAAUAUUAUUCAGGGAAUCUCCAGCCGCGUGGUUCUCGUGGAUCCCGAAUGGACUCUGCCCGAUGAUCGCCUUCCGAAACAAUUCGUCCUGAAAAUAACCUCAAGCAUGCAUCUUCAAGGAUUGAUAGAAAUGACAGAGCGCAGAAAUUUUCCAGAGCCGAAUGCAGAACAGAAAUCCAUGUUCAAUAAGCAAUUUGAGGAAAACUCGCAUCGAAUUCACAACCAGGAGGUCAAUUUCUACAAGAUUAUUCAAAAUUGGGACAUUCGGAGCAAGCUUCUGGCCCCCGUUAUUCACUUUUCAAAGGCUUUCGACAGUACCAACAGAUGCAAAGGGUUCCUGGGAAUGGAAUACGCGAAAGGAGCAGUCGUAAGACAUUUGUACGAGAUCACGAAGCCGGAGGAACUUUAUCCGGUCCUGAAGGCCAUUGCCACACUUCAAGCGGGCACAUUCCGGCUGAGUGAAGAGGAGAAGCAGCAGCUGAGCGGAUCAUUCAUUAUGGAAAUGAGGGAAGGAAUGAUGAAGAACGGCGGAAUGAAGGAAAUGUUCGAGCAGGCGAGCAGCAUUGACAACAAGAGAUUGGCCGAGAAGAUCGGGCAAAUGAAGGAGCACGUGACGGAAAUGUUCGACUUCGAGUUGGAAUUCCGAUUGAACAAGCGGCUCGGUCAGUCUUUAGACUUUAAAAUUUGUAAUUCGAUAGUUUCAGGUAUCAAAGAAGACGUGAUAGUUCAUGGAGACCUCUGGACAGCAAACAUUAUGUGGAAAGAAGGCGAGGGAAACCUCACGCCUAGCAAAAUACUGGACUACCAGCUGGUGCACCUGGGCAACCCCGCCGAAGAUAUUGUCCGUCUGUUCGUAUCCGCUCUUUCGGGCGCCGAUCGUCAGAAUCGUUGGGAGGAGCUGCUGGAGAAGUUCUACGAAUAUCUCGUGGAAGCCGUUGAGGACCGAGAAUCUCCAUACACCUUAGAGCAGGUAACAAUUGGAAAGAUUUCAAUGUAAAUCGGAUGGUUUUCAGCUCAAAGAGUCCUAUCGUUUGUACUUCGUGUCCGGUGGCCUUGCAGUUGUGCCCAUGUUCGGUCAUAUUUUAGACAUGAAGCUGAAGAGUAUGAACUCGGAAAAGGAUAAUGAUGACUACAAAGAAGUUGUCGUUGAGAAAAUGGAGUGCCUUCUGGAAGAUGUGCGCCAAUGGCAUCAGUACACCAAGGCUGCGGAAAAGAAAGAUUGA